AUGCGUGUGACAGCUUCGUUACCACUCAUCGUCUUGUCGACGGCGUCGGUUGGCAAUGCGCUCUCGCUUCAUAGACGUGAUGCGCCAGCAGUUCUGGCAGCACCAUUACGACGUAGACAGCCUGCGACUUUGAGCAAAAGAGAUACUUCUCCUUUGAAUGUAUCGAUUAUUAACAAUCAAGAUUCCAGCUAUCUCCUGAACUUGACGCUAGGAUCACCUGCGCAGAACUUUACACUCGCUCUGGAUACUGGUAGCAGUGAUCUAUGGGUCAUCGGAGGAUCGAAAGAGGCAGAUAACGUCUACGUCUCGGAUAAAUCGUCCUCUUACAAAUCACUUAACUCGGGUUACAAUGCAACAUACGCCGAUGGCACUACAGCUCUCGGAGUCUACGCGACUGACACUUUGGGCUUGGGAGAUGCAACUGUCAAGGAUUUCCAAUUCAUUGUCGUUAACCAGACUUCCUCUGAUGUGGGUAUCGCCGGCGUUGGAUACAACAUCUCAACGUACGAUGCCGAACACCAGAACAAAGUAUACAACAAUCUACCUUACGCCUUGACUGCUGCAGGCAUUACCAAAUCUACCGCCUACAGUCUUUGGAUGAACGAUGUGAACGCCGAAACUGGUACCAUUCUAUUUGGAGGCGUCAACACGGCUCAGUACACUGGCGAACUUCAGACUCUUCCAGUCGUGCCUGUAUACAACAAUUACUACUCCCUUGCCCUCGCUUUGACAGAGGUCAUUGUUCAAACCGGGAACUCUACUAGUACCACGACGAACCUUCCGCUCGCAGUUUCGCUAGAUACUGGCUCAACUCUGACUUCCUUGCCAGAAGCGCUUUUUAAAGACAUCCUCAAUGCUCUGAAUGGAACUUACGACGAUAAUGCCGGACUUGGACGCGUUGAUUGCAGUUUGAUGGAAACCAACUACAACGUAACAUUCAGCUUUUCCGGAGCAAAGGUCGAUGUGGGUCUGAAUCAGCUGGUGUUAAACCAGGGCGUUACUGGCUGGCCUAGAAGCAGUUGUUUGCUUGGCGUCGUUCCCAGUGAUCCUGGCGUCAAUAUCCUUGGAGACAGCUUCCUACGCAGUGCGUACGUCGUUUACGAUCUAGAGAACAACGAAAUCUCCCUUGCCAACACCAACUUCAACCCUGGCAAGGACGAUAUUUUGGAGAUCGGUACUGGCGCCGGCGCAGUACCAGGUGCCACUCUUGUUCCUUCGGCUGUCUCGACUGCUACUGGAAAUGGUGUUCAGACGGCGACUACUGGCGUGCCCACUGUCACAGGGACUUCGAUCACCACUGCCUCUGCGACUACUGCUACCGGUAGUGCAACCACUGGCGGCUCUGCAAAGUCUACUGGCACGUCUUCGGGUAUUGCAACGUUGCCCACUGGCAAUGCGAAACACCUUCUUUCUGGAUUGGCAGGUGCUGGUCUUCUCCUUAUGAUCUAA